AUGGUCCGGUGGUGUUUUUUGACGCUGAGUGCACUUGUCGCUUGCGCCAGUGCCAUAGACACUCCUUCCAGAUUUCCUGAUCUUCAGCCAGGACAGCAGGCAGAUACUGAUGAAAUGGUCCAAAAUCUGCUACAAUGGAUUCAAGGGUUAUAUCAACAGAAGAACAGAAAAGCUCGUCAAUACUUUGGAGGCAAGCCAGACAAGCCCAGGCCAUUUGAACCAGCACCUUCUUACCUUCCACCGACAGGUUAUCCUCCGUCUGGCAACCGCCCAACGCCAUCUUAUAGUGAAGGACCUUCUUCAAGUCCGUCUUACCAACCUAGCUCACCUCUCUUAUCUACGGAACCAGAUCAACCACCUUUCCAACCAAGUCAAUCUUCAUAUCAGCCAAGUCAACCAUCCCAGGCGCCUUAUGAAACCUCUCAACCAUUUGAACCAAGUCAGUCUCCCCAACCAGGAUACCAGCCAAGCCAACCUGAUUAUCAACCUAGUCAACCAUCACAGCCGAAUUACCAGCCAAGUCAACCAACUUCCCCAUCAUACAAGCCCAGUCAACCUGUCGAUACACCAUCAGAAAAUCAGCCACAACAAGAAAUAACCAAUAAUGGUAAUAAUGAACAGCAACCAUCUAUCAAUCCCGAAGACGAAGACCGCCAUCCUCCUCAUAUCCACGAUAUCACUGUAGACUGUGGUAAAGAAAUGAUGACUAUUAAUAUCGAAUUCAAUAAAGUUUAUAAUGGCAUCAUUUACUCACAAGACCAUUUCAAGGAUUCUGAUUGUGUUUACGUGAAAGAAAACUCAAAUCAAAUUAAAUAUUCAUUUACAGUAAGUCUUAAUAAAUGUGGCACGAGAUUCUUUAGCGACUUCGAAAAUGAAGGUCAAGCAUAUCUCGAAAAUGUCUUGGUACUUCAAAAUGAACCUGGUAUUCAAGAGGUGUGGGAUCAUAUUCGCCGAGUCAGAUGUCUAUGGGAAGGAAAUUUAACUAAGCAGUUGGUUUCGUCAUUGAGUGUUGGUAUGUUAAAUCAAAUCACAAGUAACUUUAGCGGAGAUACAGCUAUGGCACGUUUGGAUAUUCAGACCGGUCGAGGACCUUUCGCUCCUGAAGCAAAUGGUUUAGUGAAGAUUGGAGAAAUUAUGACUUUGGUUGUAUCUGUAAGUGGAGAUGCUGGUUUUGAUAUAAUAGUAAGAGAAUGUGUAGCUCGGGACUCAAGCAACAAUCAUGUCGUACCUUUAACAGACUCUAACGGUUGUGUUCUUAAGCCAAAACUGUUCGGUGCAUUCCAGAAAACUAGAGAAACUGGUAAUACUGGGGCUUCAAUUAUCGCAUAUGCUUUCUUUAAUGCAUUUAAAUUCCCUGAUGAAAUGGACUUGAUCAUUCAAUGUGAUGUUGAAUUGUGCAAAACAAACUGCGAAAUGUGCGAAAACCCUGGAAGCACUGAACCGAGAAGGAAAAGACGUGAUAUCAUACAUGUAGGAAACCGUACCGUAUAUGAGCCUGUGACAACUAUCGAAAAAGGUCUGAGAGUAGUCUUUGCAGAAGACUUGCCUCUAGAGACUGGUAUAUGUAUUUCUUCUACUGCUGCAUUAUGGGGAGGAUUCUUAGUUCUAGCUGGUUCUUUGAUGAGCACUCUGGCUGUAUCUUUCUGCUGGCAAAGAUCGCGAGGAUCUGUCAAAUUUACA